UGCACGCACACACGACACACCGGCCGAGCGCUCACUCCGGAGGCCAGCAGAAAGUGCCCGAACACUCGCCAGUGAACAUCUCCUCAGUCCUCUCUCAGAGCGACCUCAGAGUUGUUCUUCCGACUGACGUGUGGUACACGCAGACUAGUAUACUUGCACUGCAGACUCCGACUCCAUCGUCGAGGCGCGAAUCUUCAGAGUUUGAAUCGCGACAAUUCGAACGUGCCGUUCUCUACGCUCGAACGCGCAACUUUCAAAAAAGUACGUUGCAGCAGACACCACCACGCGUGACGCAGACCGUGUGUACGCGCGCUAGCAUUCGAAUCCAGAUUGCAGAGAAGCGAUAUGCUCGCCGCCCAGAUCUGCCGUGAGUUGCACUUCGGCGUUAUCGCCACGAGGAUGCAGUCACGGGUGCCGCGCUGUCUCUUCGGCCCGCCGAAUCCCCGGGACACGAUGGAGCUGCUCCAGGAGGCCCUCGAGACCGAGCGCAGCAGGUUCGCCAAACGCUGGGGCGUCGAUCCACUGGCCGAGGACGAUGACAAGGAGAACGGCGGCGGUAACGUCGUCGUCGUCAGGAGCCACUCCAGGCAGCAGAGCUGCUCGCCCUCGAAAAAACGCACCAGCCCGUACGCCAAGCAGACCAGCAUUCACGACUACUGGCGCUCGCGAAAAGUCUGCGACUCCAACAAAAAGCCCAGCGGCAGCGCCUUCGCCGAGGUCACCAAUGUGAGGCUGCAGCAACAACCACCGGCACCGUCUCCCCCGAGCGUACCAUCGCUGGAGUCGCCUCCUCAGCAGCAGGAGCAACAGCAGCAAAACGACAGACCGUCCACGAGCUCGAGUCAAUGAUUCAUCGUCGAAGCCGAUCCAAUUUUCGCGCAUCGCAUCAUUGCACGCCUCAUGUAUAUUUAUUGCCAGAUUAUAUAUAUUAUAUAUCCGUAGAGUAUGCACACGCUGUGUAAAAGAAGAAGGAGAAGCCAUCGCGCAUCCUAUGAUUCGAUCUGACGAUCGAUGCUAAUCUGCGAUGGUCCUUACUAAUAGCAUCACAGCGAGUCGAUUUAAAGUACUGUGUAUGUGUGUGUGUGUGUGUGUGAUUGUGUAAUCCUUUGUAAAUAUCGCGUGAUUAAUGGAGGUAUAUAUGUAUGGGCGCAGAAGGUCGGGGGUGGAUUAUAAUAUGGCUUCUGUGAUGUGUGCUUCCUUUCCAGGGAGCCUUUCUCGGCGUUUGUUGGAUUUUUCGCCGAUAAGAGCCCCCUUUGGAAAGCCACCUUUAUAAUAUUAAUGGAAGGGAUGUAUACACUUGCGUAAUUCUUUUGUUCUCUUUUCAUACUGUAGUCUUCACUCGCUAUAUACUCCGUUGAACCGGCAACGAGUGCCUUGUUAACGCAAUCAUCUUUCCUACGUACGCUUAGAGCGAGAAAAAAAUAUCACUAAAAUCAUGUAACGCACACUUGUAAAUAGCGCUAUGAUAUCAUCGCGCGCUAACCACUUCAUGAGCGAGGCUUCGAUUUCGGCGAGACGACGUCGAAGAGUCCAUUCGCCGGAACCGAGAGUCGAGGGAUUGAAGAAAAAAAGCGCGAUCGUGCACUUCCUCGUUAGAUUUAUACACGCUCGAGCGACCUUCUGAUGACGGUAAUCGCCGGAAGCCUGAAAGUAUCGAUUCCACAUAUUGGAGCGACAAAUGCAGCGCCUCCAAAGAUUAAUUAUUUUAUAUUUGUAAUCGAGCGCCGAAGACCCUGACUGUCAUAGUUGCGAGGCCGGCGCGAGGUCCUAUGUACAUCUUUAUACUACUAAAGUUAAGAGAAAGAAAAACGCUCUAGUCAAAUAUACUAGAUUAGGAUUCAUUAGUUGAAUAAAAUAUUAGAUUUUUUAUACUUAAA